AUGAAUUUUUCGCAUGGUUCCUACGAGUAUCACAAGUCAGUGAUUGAAAAUACUCGCCAAAGUACCUCACUAUAUCCGGGCAGACCCACUGCAAUCGCUUUGGAUACAAAGGGCCCCGAAAUUAGAACAGGUGUUAUGAAAGAUAACCUCGAGCUUCCUAUUGUAUCAGGCCAUGAAUUUAUCAUUAGUGUUGACGAAAAGUAUAUGGACCAAUGUGAUGAUAAGAUCAUGUAUGUCGAUUACAAGAACUUGCCUCUCGUAAUUCAAGUAGAUAAAAUGAUUUAUGUCGAUGAUGGUAUCCUGUCACUGCAGGUGCUAGAAGUUAUGCACAAUGCGGUACGUGUGAAGGCUCUCAAUAAUGGUAAAUUGUGCUCUCGUAAAGGUGUGAAUUUACCUGGCACCCCCGUCGACUUACCUGCGCUCUCAGAAAAGGACAAAAAUGAUCUACAAUUUGGUAUCGAAAAUAAGGUAGAUUUCAUCUUUGCUUCAUUCAUUCGUCGCGGUCAAGAUAUUCUGGAUAUUAGACAUGUUUUAGGAGAGGAAGGUAAACAUAUCAAAAUUAUAUCCAAGAUUGAGAGCCAUCAAGGCGUAGAAAAUUUUGAUGAUAUUUUGCAGCAUACCGACGGUAUCAUGGUUGCUCGUGGUGAUAUGGGAAUUGAGAUUCCUCUUGAACGUGUUUUUAUUGCUCAGAAAAUGAUGAUUUCCAAAUGCAAUCUUGCAGGGAAAUCUGUAAUUUGUGCCACUCAAAUGUUGGAAUCCAUGACCCACAACCCACGUCCUACACGUGCCGAAGUCUCUGAUAUUGCCAAUGCAGUACUUGAUGGUGCUGAUUGUGUCAUGCUAUCUGGCGAGACUGCCAAAGGAAACUACCCCAUUGACUCUGUUAACACGAUGCAUCAAACCUGUCUUCUUGCGGAGGCCGUCAUUUGCUAUCCAAUUCUAUUUAACCAACUUCGAUCGUUGACGCCACUCCCAACCAGCACUACUGAAACCGUUGCAUGUGCUGCUGUCAAUGCAGCACAUGAACAAGGAGCCAAAGCCAUUAUCGUUCUGACAAGAUCAGGUAAUUCUGCUCGACUGAUCUCCAAGUAUCGACCAAGCGUACCGAUUAUUGUUAUCACCCGUAAUCCACAAACAGCAAGACAAGUGCAUUUACAUCGCGGGUGUUUCCCAUUUCAUUAUCCCAAGGAAUCGUCAAAAGAAGCGACACUGUUGAGUUCGACUUCAUCAAGUUCGACGUAUCUGAGUCCACUUGAACUUGCUCCGUGGCAAGGGGAUGUGGAUGUUAGAAUAAAAUGGGGUAUGGAGCAAGCUAUUAAAUACGGGUUGGUUGGACGAAAUGAAUCUAUUGUAGCCGUACAAGGAUGGAAAGGAGGGUUAGGAAACACAAACACUCUCCGCAUUCUCGCUACGCCUUGA